UUCCUAAUAAAUUUGGCUGACCUCACGCUGCAGUCAUUCAUUAAAUGGUUCAGUUACGGUUAAUUGUAGAAUGUCUGGAAGAGGCAAAGGUGGCAAAGGCUUGGGAAAAGGUGGGGCCAAGCGUCACCGCAAGGUCCUCCGCGACAACAUCCAGGGCAUUACUAAACCGGCCAUUCGCCGUCUGGCUCGUCGCGGCGGAGUCAAGCGUAUAUCUGGCCUCAUCUAUGAAGAAACUCGCGGUGUUCUCAAAGUGUUCCUGGAGAAUGUCAUUCGAGACGCCGUCACCUACACCGAACACGCAAAGCGGAAAACUGUUACCGCGAUGGAUGUAGUCUACGCUCUUAAAAGACAGGGCCGUACCUUGUACGGUUUUGGUGGAUAAAUACAGGAGUUGCUUAACUAACCAAAGGCCCUUUUAAGGGCCAAGCACUUAUUCUUAGAGCUCUUAAUCCGUCAUCUGGGUCGCUUAUGACGAGUUACGUGCAGGGAGUCAUAACCUUUGUGGUUACCGGAUGUUCAAUCCUAUUUUACAAUAAUCAGUUUGCCAAUUCCACUCAGUUCAAGAUACUGUUGCAGAUCCGUCGGAGGGCACGACAGUGCGGAGAGACGACGUGUCUCGGCUGGAUGGCGUUGUCGGGGAAGUGUGGGCAUCCCUGCAAAAGCUAUCGGACCUCUGUCAAACCGUAGAAGAUGGAUGGACGCUGCCAUUUUUUUUUUUUUUUUUUUGGUCUUGAAUUUCACGUUUUUGUACAUGACUUGUGCACUCACUGUAGUCUUGGGACAUUAACCACCACUGUCUGGUUACACAUAGGCCCGAGUAGUAUUUGCAGAAUUGACGUAAUCCUGGAUCAUCACAUUGUCACUUUAAAUUGACUGCUUACAUUUCUCAGUCUCGGUGCCACUUGAUCUUUUCGUUUCAAGCUGCGUCUGCAACAUGAUGUAACUCCAUCUUUUUCCACGUUGCGUCAUGAUUGUCUAAAUACAUUGUAUAGGCAUUACCACAUACUGGUAACCCUGUCUUUUUCUGUGUCUUUAAAAAUAUUAUGCCUGUUCUAUCAGAGAGAAAUUCAGUGUUGUUUACAUACUUGGCACAAAGCUGAUUCUGAUUGAAUCAAUUGUCCUCUAACGGUUGUGGACUUUAGAUAUGAUUCUAAAGGACUGGGAUUGAGAGGA